AUGUCCCAUCAAUCUAACAUUACCUAUUCCUUUUCUCUGUUUUUAUCAGAUGGUGAAAACACGGUGUCAGCGCAGUGUCUCCUUCAGGUCACCAUCAUCACGGACGAGAUGCUUUCCAACAGCAUCACGCUGCGGCUGGCCAACACCUCCCAGGAGCACUUCCUGUCCCUGCUGCUCGCCCAGUUCCUGGACGGCGUGGCCCGCGUCCUGUCCGCCGCCCCUGAGGACGUCGUCAUCUUCAACAUCCAAGACGACACGGACGUCAGCGCUCGCAUCCUCAACGUCAGCCUGUCUGUGGCGGUGCCCGUGUUGGGGGAGGGACACCAGCGGCCCGGGGGUCCGGGAGAUGGAGGCGACCGGGCUGGAAGAGGGGGUGAAAGUGGAGGCGGAGGAGAGUUUUUCGGCUCAGAGGAACUCCAGGAGAGGCUGUAUUUAAACCGCAGCCUCCUUGCUAAGAUCUCCUCACAGGAAGUUCUUCCCUUUGACGACAACAUCUGCCUGCGGGAGCCGUGUGAGAACUACAUGAAGUGUGUGUCGGUGCUGAAGUUCGACAGCCUGGCGCCGUUUGUCUCAUCCGACACCAUCCUGUUCAGACCCAUCCACCCCAUCGCCGGGCUGCGCUGCCGCUGCCCCACCGGCUUCACAGGAGACUACUGCGAGACGGAGAUCGACCUCUGCUACUCCAAACCCUGCGGAGCCCACGGAGUGUGUCGCAGCCGAGAGGGGGGGUACACCUGCGAGUGCUUCGAGGACUACACAGGAGAUCGCUGCGAGCUGUCGUCCCGCUCUGGCCGCUGCGCCCCGGGAGUCUGCAAGAACGGCGGCUCCUGCGUCAACCUGCUGGUCGGCGGGUUUAAGUGCGAGUGUCCGUCGAGCGGCUACGAGAAGCCCUACUGCGAGAUGACCACACGCAACUUCCCCCCGCACUCCUUCCUGACAUUCAAGGGCCUCCGCCAGCGCUUCCACUUCACCCUCUCUCUCACGUUUGCUACUAAAGAGCCAAACGGUUUGUUACUGUACAACGGACGCUUCAAUGAGAAACACGACUUCCUGGCCAUGGAAAUCAUCAAUGAGCAGAUACAGCUCACCUUCUCCGCAGGUGAGACCAAAACGACAGUUUCCCCGUUCAUCCUUGGAGGAGUCAGCGACGGCCAGUGGCACGUGGUGGAGGUCCACUACUACAACAAGCCGAUCAUGAACCAGGCGGGCCUUCCACAGGGCCCCUCGGACCAAAAGGUCGUCGUGGUGACGGUGGACAACUGUGACGCCUCCGUGGCUCUCCGGUUCGGUCACAUGAUCGGAAACUACACCUGCUCCGCUCAGGGCAGCCAAUCAGGAUCCAAGAAAUCCUUGGACCUGACCGGCCCCCUGCUCCUCGGAGGGAUCCCUAAACUCCCGGAGGAUUUUCCUGUUCGCAACCGUCAGUUUGUGGGCUGCAUGAAGAACCUGCGUAUCGACAACCAGCACAUAGACAUGGCCAGCUUCAUCGCCAACAAUGGCACUCUGCCAGGGUGCUCGGCCAAAAGACACUUCUGCAACAACAACCCGUGUCAGAACGGAGGAACCUGCGUGAACCUGUGGGGCUCCUUCAGUUGUGACUGCCCGCUUGGGUUUGGAGGUCAAAACUGCGAAAGAGUGAUGGCCAGCCCGCAGCGUUUCCUGGGUAACAGUCUGUUGCAGUGGAACAACAUGGCGGCCGCCUCGGUCCCCUGGCACGUGGAGCUGAUGUUUCGAACGCGUCAGGCCAGCGCCACACUGCUGCACAUCUCCGCCGGCCAGCAGCACAACCUCACUCUGCAGCUGCGCGGGGGGAGCGUGUUGAUGGGUCUGCACAGAGGGGAAGACUCCACUCUGUCCCGGGUGGAGGAGGUGCUGGUAAACGAUGGAGACUGGCAUCAUCUGCAGCUGGAUAUCAGCAGUGUGGGGGGGGCGUCCAGCCACCAUAAGGCUGUGCUGUCUGUAGAUCAGGGGCUCUACCUGGCCAGUAUGGAGGUGGACGGGAAGCUGCGAGACUCCAAGCUGAAGACUGUGAGCGUUGGUGGUGUGGCAAGGCCUGAUGGGAAAAUUCAGCAUGGUUUCCGUGGUUGUAUACAGGGUCUGCGUGUGGGCGGGGCUCUGAGUCUGUCUCAGGCAAGGAAGGUGAACGUGGAGCCGGGCUGCAGCGUGCCCGACCCCUGCAGCUCCAACCCCUGCCCCUUCAGCAGCUACUGCAGCGACGACUGGGACUCCUUCUCCUGCACCUGCCUCGCCGGCUACCAUGGCAGCAACUGCACUGAUGUGUGCUCGUUAAACCCGUGUGAGCACGAGUCAACCUGCAGCAGGAAGCCCAGCUCCCCUCGUGGUUACACGUGUGACUGUCCCAGCCACUACUUCGGCCAUUACUGCGAGAAAAAGACCGACUUGCCGUGUCCCCGAGGCUGGUGGGGUCACAAGACGUGCGGCCCCUGUAACUGUCCGACAGACAAAGGCUUCGACUCUGACUGCAACAAGACGAGCGGAGAGUGCCGCUGCAAGGACAACCACUACCGCCCUGAGAGCAGCGACACCUGCCUGCUGUGCGACUGCUACCCGGUGGGCUCGUUCUCCAGAGUGUGUGACCGAGAGAGCGGCCAGUGUCAGUGUAAACCCGGAGUCAUCGGGCGCCAGUGUGACCGCUGCGACAACCCCUUCGCCGAGGUUUCUCCAAACGGCUGUGAAGUGAUCUAUGACAGCUGCCCUCAGGCCAUCGAGGCCGGGAUCUGGUGGCCCAGGACCAAGUUCGGUCUCCCUGCUGCCGUUCACUGUCCCAGGGGAACGCUCGGCACUGCAAUCCGUCACUGUGAUGAGCACAAGGGCUGGCUGCCUCCCAAUCUCUUCAACUGUACCUCCGUCACCUUCAGCAAGCUCAAAGUCCUGUCUGAAAAGAUUUCCCGCAACGCCUCGCUCCUGGACUCUGGACACGUCCAGCAGACGGCAGCCAUGCUGGCCAACGCCACCUCGCACACGGAGAAGUACUACGGCAGCGAUGUGAAAGUGGCGUACCGGCUCACACAGAGUCUGCUGCAGCACGAGAGCACCCAGCAGGGCUUCAACCUCACCGCUACGCAGGACGUCCACUUCACUGAGAAUCUGGUCCGUGUGGGCAGUGCCAUCCUGGGUCCAGACACGCGGACGCACUGGGAGCUGAUCCAGCACUCGGAGGGCGGCACAGCAGCGUUGCUGCGCCACUACGAGGACUACGCCAACACACUGGCACAGAACAUGAGGAAAACCUACCUCAGCCCCUUCACCAUCGUCACACCACACAUAGUCAUCUCUGUGGACCGACUGAAAAAGAUGAAUUUCGCCGGAGCCAAACUCCCGCGGUACCAGUCCCUGAGGGGCCCUCGUCCUGCGGACCUGGAGACGGCCGUCACGCUGCCCGAUUCAGUCUUCCAGCUGCCUGUGGACACCAAGGGACACAGACACCUUGACGUCUUCCCGGAGUCCUCGCUGAGGAACCGCUCGUCCAACAGGAAGAGACGCCACCCUGAGGACAACCAGCAGGACGCCAUCGCCAGUGUGAUCAUCUUCCACAGCCUGGCCUCGCUGCUACCAGAGAGCUACGAUCCUGACAAGAGGAGUCUGCGGGUGCCCAAGCGUCCGGUCAUCAACACGCCGGUGGUGAGCAUCACGGUGCACGACAACGACGAGCUGCUGCAGCACACGCUGGACAAACCCAUCACUGUGCAGUUCCGCCUGGUGACCACCGAGGAGCGCUCCAAACCCAUCUGCGUCUUCUGGAACCACACCAUACUUGGCGGGAACGGCGGCUGGUCAGCGAAGGGGUGCGAGGUCAUCUUCAGAAACAACACCCACAUCAGCUGUCAGUGUUAUCACAUGACCAGCUUCGCGGUGCUCAUGGACAUCUCCAGAAGAGAGAACGGAGAGAUUCUGCCAGUCAAAAUACUGACGUGGAGUACAGUGGGAGUGACGAUGGGGUUCCUCUUCCUCACCUCGAUAUUCCUCCUCUGCCUGAGAGCCAUGCAGUGCAACAAGACGAGCAUCAUCAGCAAUGGAGGCGUCGCUCUCUUCUUCUCUGAGCUCAUCUUCAUACUGGGCAUCAACCAGGCAGACAACCCGUUUGUGUGCACAGUCAUGGCUAUCCUGCUGCACUUCUUCUACCUCUGCACCUUCUCCUGGCUCUUCCUGGAGGGGCUGCACGUCUACCGCAUGAUCAGCGAGGUGCGAGACAUCAACUACGGACCAAUGAGAUUCUACUACCUGAUUGGCUGGGGAGUGCCCGCCUUCAUCACAGGUCUGGCAGUGGGACUGGACCCUGAAGGCUACGGGAACCCUGACUUCUGUUGGCUCUCCAUGUACGACACUCUCAUCUGGAGCUUUGCUGGACCCAUCGCCAUGGUGGUAUCGAUGAACGUCUUCCUGUACAUCCUGUCGUCCAGAGCCUCCUGCUCAACGAAACACCUCAGCAUGGAGAAGAAAGAGCCUCGUGUCUCUGGCCUGAAGACGGCAGCUGGCGUGCUCCUCCUGGUUUCCGUCACGUGUUUCCUGGCGCUCCUCUCCGUCAACAGCGACAUGAUCAUCUUCCACUACCUGUUCGCUGGCUUCAACUGUGUGCAGGGUCCGUUUAUUUUCUUUUUCCGCAUAGUCUUCAACAAGGAAGCAAGGACUGCCAUGAAAUACUGCUGCAGCCGCAAACGCCCCGAUCAUAUGAUCAAAUCCAAGAAUUCUGGCUACAAAUGCAACACUAACUACAUGGACGGCCGGUUGUACCACCUUCCCUUUGGAGACUCCAGCGUGUCUCUGAAUGGAACCAUGCAGAGCGGAAAGAGCCAGCAGAGCUACGUGCCCUUUGUCCUCAGGGACGAUGGGUUGAGUACCAGCCAGGCGCACAUCGCUCUGAACGACCACACGUCACUCUUCCAUGAAAAUAAGGAGCACCCGGACGAUCACGACAGCGACUCGGACAGUGACUUGUCUCUAGAGGACGACCAGAGCGGCUCCUACGCCUCCACACACUCCUCCGACAGCGAGGACGACGAGGGACCACUCUCUCCAAAUGAAUGCUGGGAAAACAUGGCGUCUAAUGGGGCCAAGAGACCACAGCCAAACGAAAACAGUGUGAGUAAGAUGUACUGGCCUGAUGAUGAGGGAGAGCUCACAGGAACGGACAGACUGAAGACUGACACUCCGACCAAUCAGGAGCUGAGUCUUGGCCGUGACACCCGGGGGUUAACAGACGACCGCGGCCAGGACGCCAUGACGACGCUGCUGCCCAGCCUGCCACACAUCUACACCCACCCCCACAGAGGGAUCCUAAAGAAGAAGCAGCUCUCUCCUAUAGUUGAGAGGAACGGUCUAAACCGCAUCCACAACGAGCUCUGUGAAGACGCCCCCCCCGGCUCGGCGUCCCCACAGGGGUCGUCCUCCAGUGAAGGGCGGCGCCGCCCGGCUAACCCCGGCCGGCAUGAUCAGAUGAACGGUGUCGCCAUGAGCAUCAAGGCGGGGACGGUAGACGGGGACUCGUCAGGAUCAGACAGCCACUGCAACACCCCCAUGUGACUGCGCUGACGGAGGGGUGUCUUUUUGCAGGUCAUAGAGCCUCCUUCCUGAACACUGACUGCAAACAGGGCAGCACCGGACUUCUCCUUAAAAGAAAAAGUAGAAAAAGAAGGAAUUCCCCCUCGUCGUCCCGAUCCUCUGAAGGAGUGUGAGUGUGUUUGUGUGUGUUGUACUGUGUGAAUGUGUGUGUGUUUAUACAUGUGUGCCAAACCUCAGGAGUCACUGCACUGGCCCAGGCUCACGCACACUGACAGAACGAGUCUCACUCUCCCUUUAAAGAAAUCAUUUUGUUUACAUACUUGAAGCAAUGCACUUUUUUUUUAAUUUACUGCCCAGAUUUGUCGGCGAUUCUUUUAUUUUUUUUGUUCCAGGAUAUAUAUUUAGUUUUGAAGACUGUGGAACAUUAAAGAGGUCAAGGUUUUUUUGGGGGGGGGGGUAAUUUUGUGGUAGACAUGCAAACAUUCAGGGAAAUUCCUUUUUCAUUCAUGAAUUACGUUGUGACGUCUUCCUGGUUUGCCUUCUGUUGUUUACCGUUGUUGUUUGUGCCAGUCUGAGUUUGUUGGGGGAGUUCAGACUCAGGUUAUUGAGUUACACGCCUCAAGUGUCCAAGAGGCACAGAAGGGUGCAGGCUCUUUGUGGAUUUAUGAACUUGAAAACAAGGAGGAACGAUUCGCUGCCUGCGAGUGGAUGCCGUAUAAGCUAUUUCUCAUCACUGACAGAUGUCCCCACAGACUGAGGGGACAGACCUGCAUGUGCAGAACUGGAAAGGACUUUUGAUACGUCUUUUUUUUUGUAAAUCACUAAGAGCACAUUUUCUAUGGACAAUAAAAGCGCUCUUGUUUUUUCAUUCUUUUUUCUGGAAGGAUGACCGCAUUCAUUCGACUUCAGUGACUAAACAGCUGUAUUUUAUAGAUUAGCUACAAAGCUUUUUUCAUUUGUAAAAUAAUGCAAAAUUGUGCUGUAAUACUAUUUGAGCUGUAAUCCAUUUUUACUGUACAGAGUGGCCUGUAAAUGAAUUGGGGACAUAUGUUUAAAUGUAAAGUAAAUAUGUAAAACUUCCUUCAUAAACUCAAAAGCAGUUUUUAGAAAUGUAUCUUAAAAGUCUGAAGGAAAUCUCUUUUUAUCUUAGUUACUACUUUCAGUCAAAUUGAUGUGAUAAAUGUGGAUGCCAUUUCUCCAAACAUAUGAAUUUAAUGUAUAGAUAUCAUGCCAUAAACAACACCACCAGGUCAAUCAUAUCAACUCUGGUAUCCCAACAGAGAAGUGUCUCUUUUACUCAGCCGCCUCCCGUUUUUACUGAUUAAACUGUUUUUUACCAUUU